AUGACGGGCAUCCGCCCACAUGGGCCUUCGGAGAUCGUCGACCCUGUCCAUCGAGUGUACGGGUCACUCCCAAUCGGAUCAGAGGAGAUUCGAAUCCUCAAACUGCAUCCUGCCCAUUGUCUGUCAUCCCCAGUCGAAGUCUCACUCAACAUUGCCAAGCUCGGUGAUCCAUCCGUCCAUUACGAUGCCUUGUCAUACAGAUGGGGUGAUCACACCGACAACGAGAUGAUCAUAGUCAACCGGCAGACCCUCAAAGUCACGCAAAGCCUUGCAACGGCUCUGCGGUAUCUUCGAAGCCAAGACCAUGGUGUUAUCCUUUGGGCUGACAGCAUCUGCAUCGACCAGAGCAACGCUGCUGAGAAGAACGUGCAGGUCGCGCUCAUGGGCGAUAUUUACAGGACAGCUGAGUGCGUGAGGAUCUGGCUCGGCGAAGGUGACCAGGAUACUACACAGGCUAUGCAGCUGGUCAAUGACUGCAACGGGUUCCGAGACACGAAUGCCGUCGUCAAGCGAGUCGUCGGCGACGAGCGCGGUGCCAUCGGUCUGGCGGGGCUUCUGCGGCGACCAUACUGGAACAGAAUGUGGAUGUUCCAGGAAAUACUCCUUCCCAAGAUUGGCCAUGUCCACUGCGGGACCUCUAGUGCACCCUUUGGCACAUUUGUGCAGAUGGAUCUCGCGUCAUCGCAGCCGCAGUUGUGGCCGGCGAGACGGACGAGUCCGGCAUGGAUCCACGACCUCCGCAAGGCCUUUUUCAACAUUGCGCAGUUCACGAUCGCUCCCAGAGAGCUGCAGAACUUGGAGCAUAUCCUGGCGGUGACUAGAGUUCUGCAGGCCUCGGAGCCGGCCGACAAGCUUUUUGCCCUCAUGGGUACAUGCGACAUGGCUUCUUACUUGACGGUGGACUACGACAAGACUUUCCAAGACAUUUACGUCGGAUUUACGAGGAACUACUCGAAGUCUACCGGCAAACUGUCACUUACCCUCACUGCUGGGUGGCGUAACCCCGUAUGUAAGGAGGACGAUGGGCAGCUUCCUUCGUGGACUCCCGACUUCCGUGGCUCCCGGCCUGAGAGCGACAUAUAUGCGGGGUUCGCAACCGCGGGAGUGUUCAACGCAUCCAAGGGAUGUUGCUUCGAGAAUGACGCUUUCAACCCAGAGCUUCCCGAAGGGGUCUUGGUAACCCAAGGCUACGUUCUGGACACGAUUCAGUCCGUGACGCCUCUUCUCGGCGGAGACGAUGGCCGGCGGCAAAUACUCGAGACUUUUGACAUCCGACGUCCCAAUGACAAUCUAUCCGGGAGGUCUCGGCUCCAAGCUCUUUGCGAAACUCUCAUCUUCGACGCCGAUGGUGUCAAGGACGACGAUUGCGAGGAAACGCUCGCUCGUAAGCGAGAUCGACAGCUUAAGCACUUGCUCGGUUUCAUCCCCAUCAACUGGGACUCUGUCUUGGGCCGUUCCGGAACAGGUCUUCGACAUGCUUUGAGGAGUUACAAGCAACUUCAACACUCCGACCCUGCCACCCUUGCAGGGUAUCGGAACAUGUUCGUCGGAGAGUACGACGCCAACGCUGGGAAGAUCUCGAGCGUGUUCGUCACGCGCGACAGCCGCUUCGGCCGUAGCAACUACACCAUCCGACCUGGGGAUGUGGUUGCGGUGCUCUAUGGAUCCGAUCUGCCCGUCAUUCUGCGCAAAUCUGGGUCAUGUUACAAGUUCCUCGGUGGUGCAUACGUCAGCGGGAUGAUGUACGGGGAAGUGAUCGAUGAGUAUGGUGCUGAUUUAUGUGCUGAGAGUGUUUUGUUAAUCUAG